AUGAUAUUCAAGAGAUUGUUUUCCGUUACGAGAUCUUUGAGAGAUAGUUUGGUCUUGAUUGAAGGAUCCAAGGGCCAAAUCAACCCCGCGUCCUUAUCCACCGUUUCCGCCGCGGCACAAAUUGGUGAGCCGAUAACGGCAUUGGUUGUGGAUCCAAGUUUAGCGGAUGGAGCGGCCAAGGUAGAAGGUGUAACCAAAGUGCUUAAAACUGGUAAAACAUACGAUCAUUACUUGUCUGAGCAGGUGAGCCCCUUGUUGAAGCAAUUAAUUGAUGGAAAGUUUACCCACUUUUUCAUUUCCGGCUCUUCUGUGGGAAAGUCUAUUUUACCAAGAUUAGGUGCUUUGCUAGACGUACAACCAUUGAGUGAUAUAACCAAGGUAAUUGAUGCAAAGACUUUUACUCGUCCCAUAUAUGCCGGAAAUGCUUUGGCCACCGUCAAGUCUAAGGACAAUGUGAUUCUUGCGUCUGUUAGAGCAUCUGCUUUCGCACCAGCAAAGGAACAAGAUGCAGCAGUGUCAAUCGAGGAAACAACUACGCAAGCUGAAUCAGGAAACAGUGUCGAGUUUGUCUCUGAAGAAUUGGUGACAUCUGAAAGGCCGGAGUUGGGAUCCGCCACUCGUGUGGUUGCGGGGGGUCGUGGGUUAAAGAGCAAAGAGACGUUUGACGCAUUGAUUGAUCCAUUGGCUAAGAAACUAAAUGCAGCAAUUGGAGCAUCGAGAGCGGCUGUUGAUUCCGGAUUUUGCGACAAUUCCUUGCAAGUCGGUCAAACUGGUAAAAUUGUUGCUCCUGAAUUAUACUUUGCAAUUGGUAUAUCAGGUGCCAUUCAGCAUUUGGCUGGUAUGAAAGAUGCCAAAGUGAUUGUCGCCAUUAACAAGGAUCCAGAAGCGCCAAUUUUCAAUGUCGCCGAUAUCGGACUUGUCGGUGAUCUUGAUGCCAUCGUACCAGAGUUGACUGAAAAGAUUUAA